AUGAGUCGCAAUUUCUUCCCUGCCCUUUGCGCUAUUGGCGUGGGCGUCUUUACAGGCUACUAUACCUUCCAACCGACAUUCCAGCAACUUCAACAACAGAAAGAGCAUGCCCAGAAGGCCUCGUCUGAUCCUGCUACUCUGAAGCAGGACGCCAAUGCUCCCACCAAAGCCGACGUUCAGCAAGAUCCCAAGUCAACGACUCAAUGA